AUGAGCCAGUUUGACUUCUUAUCCGCCAUACAGACGAUAUCGGUUGCAUCCACACAGAUCCUCCCUCCGUUGCUGUCAUCGCCGUCAUUACCUGACAUCGCAGAUACAGCCAUCGCGCUCAACCCGAUCGUAACAUCAUUCUGGCUUACCCAUAUCCUCAUCUUUUUGCAAAUUGUCCUUUCCAUCUUUUCGAGAUCCUACGCCUGGAAUGACCGCUUCUGGCCGUUUAUACCACCAAUUCUCUCCCUCGUCUUCACUCUCCACGCUCCGAUUAGCUCUGAUCGACGCACAGAUUCACGUGUUGAUCCACGCCUAUCCCUAAUGUGCGGCCUUCUCAUUAUCUGGAGCAGCCGACUCACGACAAAUGCCAUGCGUAGGGGCUACUACUCACCUGGCUUUUUGGAUUAUCGCUACACUUGGCUACAGGCUAAUGUUCUUCGAAUCAAGUUCCUCUUCAACAUCGCCUACUGCGUCACCAUUUGUGGCUACAUGAAAAUCAUUCUAGCAAUGGUCUCCUCGCCCCUAUAA